CGAAUUUCGGCGCAUCGCUGCCGCCGAGACGCGCACGAUCGCACGAUAGUAAACAUCGGCGUUUUAUUCACUAAAAUUAGCCCCUUUUUUUUCCUUUUACAUCGAAUCUCGUGCUAGUCGAUUGUCGCCUCCAAAAGUUGAUUCAUCCGCCGUCGACAUGGGCAAGAAGGAAGAUUCGGACAGUCAGAAGACCAACUCCGAAGCCAGUUCGCCGGUGCGAAAUAGCGAAGCAUCGAAGGCGAAUGACAUUUACAAGACGAUUGUUUCGUACGAGGAGGAGGAGGCCUGCAGACGAUCGUCGGAGGACGAUGCUCAACUCUUUUACAAAACCUGCGAUGUCAUACGCAAAAAUAUGACGGAAAUCGCGAGACUCAAGGCUGUCAAGGACGAUGCUAACGCCAAGGAUCAAAUUAAAAACUUGCAAGUAGAGACAGCUUUGCAGUUCAUCGAAUUGAAGAAGUUGAAUCGAUUGGAAAAGUUCAGAACCAAAGCAUCUCGAGAUCAAUUGUUGGCUGCUAAAUCAAAUGUUGACAAUCGUCAUCUUCAAUUGCAAAAUUUACUCUACGAAGUGAUUCACUUGAAGAAAGAUGUUAUGAAAUGUUUACAGUUCAAGUCCAAGGAUGAAAAGAUUGAGUUAGUUCCUGAGGAGGACUUUUACAAAGAAGCUCCUGAGUCAAUUACUAGACCUGAUGUUACAAAGGAUGAUCCUCAUCAAAAAAGACUGGCCAGACUAGAAUGGGAAUUGACACAAAGAAAAGAAUUGGCUGUGCUGUGUGAUAAUCUGAGUGAAACUAAAAAAUCUGUAGCUUCUAGUAUUGAAUCAAAGCAGUCUCGUUUAGAUAAUUUAGCACCCCAGCUACGUGGAAUAUUGGAGGCUAGUAAACCAUUGCAAGAAAGUCUUGGUCUCCCGCUUGAUAAAAUUAAAUUGGAACACGAAAAAGCAUCUUUGCUUGCAUCUCCACUGUACAUAAUAUAUGCCAAAGCAUCAGCUUUCAGAGAUGCAUGUGACAAUACAUUAUUAGUCUCUGUAGAAGGUGAUGAAGAAGAAGCUAAAAGAAUUUCUAAUUCUGAUAGCCCACAAGAUAGUGACUCAGAAAAUGACGAUAAAUCUGAAAGCAUUCAAGAAGAAGCCCCUGUACAUAAAAAAAGACACCAUAGAAUAUCAAAAGAAGCAAGAUUAGAAGAAAAAAAGCAAAGAAUUCUACAUAAACAUCCUCUUAGUGUAAAAAUAAUUGUUUCAUUUAAAGAUGACACAAAACUGAAAUUACAGUUUUUCUAUUUAACAGUAUUAAAAGUUAUAACGGUACAUUCAGAUUUAUUAACUGUAAAUUUGGGAGGCAUCAGUGUUGGUGACAUGCUUGUGUCCGAGUCAGUUUUACGAGAAUUGUAUCCUGGAGAUACAGGCUUAGAGAGUCCAAAUCCUGCCAAUCACUAUCAACUCUCAAAAUACAAAUUGGGCAAAUUUUCAGCACACAACCUUGGUACUCCAUACAAAUGGGCACAAAGAAUGGCAGGCUUACAUUUUGUACCCAUUGAAGCUUCUGAACAAAAGUCUGUUGUUCCCGACAGCAUUCAAGACAAUGUAGAAAGCGUUCUGCGGGAAAUAAAAAAGCGCGUUAAAGCGAGAUUGGAAUUAUGUGCCGAAAUCCGAGAGCUGGAGUCUGGCAAUAUGCCAGCGUUCCCGGAUACAGAUGAACCUAUACCAACCAAAACAUCAACGAUUCUGCACCAAUUCAUGAUAUCGUCAUGGAAAAAUUAUUGUCAAGUGUUCCGUUGUAUGGAAACAUCAGACCAGGAAUACGUCAGCACGUCGGAUAUAUUUUACGAAGCCGUUUUGCGUCGCGAGAACAGUGAGAUGAUCGCGUUCAUCGCCAUCAAGCCGGACUAUCCGAAAGUGACGUCGACGUUCCGGAUAAUGUUCAGCCCGCAGACGCAGCCGGCGUCCAACAAGCAGGACAUCGUGCGCGACAUCGAGCGCGAGAUCAACGUCAUGUGGGAAAAGCCGCCGACCAUUUCGGCCCAGCUGCAGCGGCUGCGCGCCUGCUUCGACAUCUUCCUCGAGACCGAGGGCUCCGUGCCGCGGGAGAAGAUAUUCUUCCAUCCGGUGCGCGGACGCACGCGAUCGCGGCCGUACAAGUACGUCGAAAUAGGCGGAGGUAUUUUUACUCAUCGCUAAGACAGACAGAGAGAGAGAGAGAAAAAAACACGAACUAAAUGAAAAUUCGCGCACACACGUUUUACGUGUGUUUGCGUGCGCGUGCGCACUCGAUAUACACAACAACAACAGUAGCAGCGGCGGCAACAAUAACAAUAUUAAAUAUCAAGUUUUUAUUUUUAAAAUUUAAAGCUACGCUCGUAGAUUAGUUGUACUUGAUUAUAAGUGUGAUAAAAAUCGAGUUGAAUACACAUAUGCUAUUUUAGUUUGUUUUACGGUGAA